AUGUGUGAAUUGCCUUUGGAGCCGCCAUUCGUAGAGUGUUCUACUGAGAAAACCCAAAUGGAAAUGAAUUUGUUCACUUGGUCGACGUUGCAAGUAUCGGACACGGAUAAGAAGUUCAAAGAAACUGCGAUCAAAACAUUUGCGUUAGCUUGUAGAAAUAAUUUGGAUGAAAGAGCAUUCGAGUUCAUCGAGACAUUAUCAAAUCCACAACUGAUAACACUCAGUUUGAAAUACGCAUCGAAGUUGGACAAGAAAAGGUUAGUUGAGAAACUCAUGGAUUUGGCGACAAAAAUUGCAGAUGAAACAGACGAUUUGGGAGUAAAAGAAUUACCUGCUGUGGAACAAACAGUAAUGAAACCAGUUUACAGAAAACUGUCUUUGAAUAGCACAUCUAAGAAAACCCCCAGAAGCAGAGUGGAGAAGGAGCAGGCGCCGAAUACCCCAAAAAUAGUACACCCGGAGGAAAUGGUGAGCAUACUGAGAAUUUCUAAGGUGACAUGUCUCAAUUCGUGA